AACCCUUAGUUGCAGCAUGAGGGAUCUACUUCCCUGACCAGGGAUCGAACCCAGGCCCCCUGCAUUGGUAGCUUGGAGUCUUAGCCGACUGGACCGCCAGGGCAGUCCCUUAGGACACUGUUGAAUUUAGCACAGACCACCCAGAGGCACCCUCACCUGUAAUAGCUCUUGGCACCUGGAGGAACAGACCACGGCGGGGUGAGGGACCUUCCCUGGGCGGGGGCUGUGGGGGCAUGUGAUAAAUCAUUGAAACCAGGACAUUUUUAAGAGUAAAGCAGCCCUCCUGAGAACCACACUGAGACAGCCAGCAUCACUAAGGGUGCCCCGGGGACAUGGGAAGGCACCGUCACCCUAUUCUUGUGAGGUUUCCCCACCUCCUCCCUGGGCUGCUUCUCCAUGACCCAUAUCUCUGUCUCGGCUGGAGCGUAUCAGUAAAUCCCCGUGCCGGCUCGGCCAGCCAGCCAAGGGGCCCCCUGCGCAGGGCUCAGGCGUGGGAACCACAGGCAACGUGGGAAAAGCCAUCCUGCGGAGCAUCUGAUAAUCUCAAGUCCCCGCUCGCGGUGGGUAACCACAGCCACAUCACAACCCUGAGGACCUGGGCCUCGCUCCGGUGUAGGGGGCGCUUAUUUCUAGAGACCCGAGUGGGCUCAGGAAUCCGCCUUAGGUAAAAAGCCAGGAGGAUUCUGACGGCCCAGCCAGGGCCCUUUAAAGCUGCAGGAGCCGGUACCACCCGGAACCUCCCGUUUCCGAACUGUCAACGCUGCCGGCCAGGAGGUGGCGCUGCGGAGCAACCAAAGUCCUGGUUCCGGCCGCUGCCGGUGGGGGGCGGCGGGCAGCGCGGCGGGCCCAGGCCGGGUGAUGGUUCCGGGGGGCUGCCUUCUCCCUGCUGGCCCCUGUCAGUGCAGCAGACAAGAAAGGGCGCCGGGAGCGAGCGCGAAAUGGGGAAGUCGUGCCUUUAAAAAAAGUAUUCAAGCUUACAGAGAAGAAAGGAUCAAAGUGAAUGUUUUGAAACCUGGCCCAGGCAGGGUAGCAGGUUUACCUGAUAGAGUGCGGAGUGCGCCCGACGUCCACAUCACGCAGGCAUCCACUGCAGGUGGGCCUGAGCAGAUGCCCGGACACCCAAGUGGAGAGGAAGAGCAGACUGAUGAGGAUGGAGAAGGGGACACAGCGGCCCAGGCCCAGCCCCUUGGCAGCCAAAAAAAGCGCCUCAUCCCCAUCCAUGGCUGGGACUUUGAGGCCGACUCGGACGACUCUGAUCCAUCCUGUGGUCACCCACCAAGCCUGUCCUCAGUCUCAGGGGCCACGGACGGCCUGCAGGCCCUCACAGAUGACCCCUGCGUGGAGGAGACCACCUCCCAGGAGGCCAGGAUCCUGGACCAGGCUGAUGCCAGGGCCCCCGGGUGCCACCCCUGUCCAGAAGAGCAGAGGGUCGGCCUCUCACCUGCUGGACCAGACGAGCUCUCGGAGCUCUACCUGCCGGGAGAGUCCUGCACCGCAGGCCCAGGGGUCGCUGCCACUCCCGGGACAGACAUCCUCAGGAAUGAGCAGCUGCCCUCCCAGUAUCUGGCCGACGUGGACACCUCGGAUGAAGAAAGCAUCUGGACUCAGAGAGUGGCCUCUCACCAUCCCAGACAGAAAGGCUGGACUGCCUCUGAGAGCCAGCAUCCAGGUGCUGACGAGCCCACAGAUGCCGACGCAGAAGAAGCGGCCCUCAAGAGAAAGCUGGAGGAGUUGACCAGCCACAUCAGUGACCAAGGGGCCUCAUCCGCGGAGGAGGAGGAGGGCACGGAUGCAGGGGCUGAGAUGGGCAGAAGCAAGACCUUCAAGGACCACCCUGGAGUCACCCGGGAGGUCCGCACGGCUGCAGGCCAAACGCCCAGCCAGGGAAAGGACCCGCUGAGUCCUGGCGACCCCGAGCAGCCCAGCAGGACCACGGAGGCGGAGCUGGCAGAGCUGGAGGGCCGAGUGGCUGCCACAACUUGCGAGGUGCGGCGGACGGAGAGCCAGGUUUCGAAUAUCAAGUCCAGGAUUGCAGCCUUGCAGGCAGCGGGGCUCACGGUGCGGCCCUCGGAAACGCCCCAGAGGAAGUCUAACCUCCCGAUCUUUCUCCCCCGGCUUGUCAGGACAUCUGGCCAGAGUCUGAAGGAUCCAAACACAGACCCUUCGGAUGAGGCCGAGCUCCCGGUGCCCCUACAAUCUCAGCGACAUAGUGACACCCAGAGACGGGCAUUCUCCCAGGUGGAGGCUGCGCCCCAUCCCAUGAGGAGGGAGCUCAGCGAUUACCCCAAAAGCCAAGACAAAGAUGAUGACUCCUUCAGUCGGAAGUCCAUGUACCGUGGGUCCCUGACCCAGAGAAACCCCAACGGCAGGAAGAGAGCCGCCAACCACAGCUUUGCGAAACCCGUGAUGACCCACCAGCCCUAAGAGGAGAGGUUCGCCUGAACGGGACACCCACCCUCUUCCCCUCCGCCUCGGUCACCGCGUAUCCCCUCCUGCCCCACGCUUUCCGCUGCACACAGCCCAGUGGAGGAAGAAGAAGAGACCCCGGCCCGUGCUGGAAACCCACCCACAAGCUGACAGAGGUUCUCAGAUCGUCAGCUCUUCACCCAAGUUCACAGACCACCUCCAAGGCCCCCUGGUCCGUGGCUGCUCUGAUUCGUAAGAGGCAUCUAGGCUGUACGUCUUUCCUCCAGGGUGCUGUGGUUUAAGCUUUCUGAAGAGCACAAAAAUCUUUCUCAGUGUGAUUUUUUACCCACUCCCUGCUGGCUUCCUAAUGCUGCUUUCAUGACCGGCAUGGACAAGAGAGGACGCAGUGACCGCCCUGGCUGUCUGUGUCCUCGUGAGUGUGUCUGCGUGAGCGUUGCCGGAUGUGUGAGUGCUCCUGGACAUCGGGACAAGUGACUGGACUCUUGUCUCUCUGAAUGAGAAGGAGGGACAGGCUGUCAGAUCUCCUUACACACACACCCCUGUCUUCAAGUCCACCCGUGCUUCGCAAGCUGGGAGAGAGGACCCUUUGGUUGAGGACAGAGUGUGCAGGGGGAGCAGGUGGGCGUCCACUCACAGCCCGGGUGUUGGGGCACACCACCUGCUGGGAGGCCCUGGUGGCACUCUGGACGGGCGGGCAGAAGGCUGGGCUCCAGCCUAGCACUGCCGCUCACUGUGGUGGGAUCCAGUGGGGCAAAGGACCAGCUGGUGACACCCGCCGGCCACCUGCCGUUUGUCCGUAGACAAGCUCCGAGUCCUCCUCCACCUCGGACAAUCUGGGAGUCAGAGUGAGGUCCAGCUUUAAGGGGAGCCCCCUGGGACCCUCUGCAGCUGCCUUGGGCACGAUAACCGCAUCGCCCCCUCCAGGGCGUGGCUGGGGGCCUCACGGGGACCUGUUUGUACGACCGUCAGAGCAGCCCAUUUUGCAGAGUGGAGCCCCGAGGGUGAAGCAGCCUCCCUCUGGGCUGGAAGCCACCUCGUGACCCUCUAAUGCUUUCCGAGGUGACUUCAGGUCAGCUUUCACUUCCCUCUCGCAAAUGCUUGGUGCUUGUGUUCAGUGGCAACUGAAAGGAGAUGGUGAAUCUGUGAUGCCCAAGAGCCUUGCCCGCUAAGAUUUUCUUCCGACUUGACUGUCUCACUACGGCUUACGGAUUCUGCACCACGAGGUCUGAUCCCAUCCCCACUGACCCCACAGGGUCUCAGUCCCCGCAGGGGCCACAUUGCCCACAAACUGGCCCAUGGCCGCUCCAGGGGGACUUUUAGAAUUGGCUUCCGCAUUGAUCCAGAUGACUUGGGCUUUGGCAGUGUGCUGGGGUUUGUGGAAACGAUGGAGGUGAUCCUCCUUCUCCGAAUGAAAGCUGCUUCAAAUAGGCAGCUCCUCAAUUCAGUGCUGGAAAUGAUUAAAGACGCUUGUACGUG